AACAACACUUGAAUACACAAAUAAAGACUAAUUCCAGCAAAAACCAACACUCCAGACACCACACACUAGACACUUCUUACACCUUCAAAUGGGCACUCAACAAGUGGACUUAAGUGUCUUGAAUUUUGAAACCUACAAUGACUACAUCAACUCCUUUACCACUGCCGACGAUGAACGCUUUUUGAGCAAUCGAAAGGUGAUCAAGUCCAUUGUGCAGCUGGGAUACCGCACCACAAAAGUGCCGUACGAUCAGGAUGAGUUCGAUCGACGUGUGAAUAUUGCCGAGCAGGCCAUCAGACCAAAGACCACAAAAGUGGGGCUGCUGGGCGAUUUUAUGUCGCCCACGAAUACGGAUCCAGUGCUGCUAGAGUUUAAACGGCGCGAGAUACCCAAUUUGAUUAAGUAUUUAUCGACCAUUGUGUUUACUUCCUAUCAAGCGAAAGAUGGUUCUGAGAUCUCUGGCUACAUAGAUCUGGAAUGCAGUUGGCGCCAUGCUGCCAGCGAUAUCAAGAAAAUCGACUGGAAGUGCGUCUUUGAGGGGCGUUGCCGUGUGAAGGCCAUGCCCCACCAUCUGAGCUACUCGAAUCCACGCUACAACAUGGUCAAGUAUACAGACAGUGAUAACUACCUGGUGAUGCACGACCAUUAUUAUGGUCUGCUGUUUAUGCACAAGGGCGAUCGCAAAAUAGUCACAGUGGGUGGUCAAUACAAUUUGUAUUCGAAAAAUGCCAAACGGUCGAUGGUGUACUCACCCAAGCUGGGCUAUGUGGUGUUCUACGAUCAUAUUGUGCGCAAGAAGGUGUAAGGUUUGAAGCGGAAUACCAUCAAAAUGCAAUUCUAUAAACUGUGGAG